CUCCAAAUUGCGCAAAACAGACAGUUGCAUAAAUAUAACAGUUCCUUGUCUGGAUGUGCAAGUUAUUUGCAUGCGAGACUCCCACCCAUCUGAUUUGACGUUAGUUCUGGAAGAGCUGUGAAACUGUGUGGAGUCAAAAAAGUAAAGAUGGCCGAAGUUGUGCACAUGAUUGACAGCGAGGUCUUCCUGGCCUUCUCCACAUAUGCAACCAUAGUCAUCCUCAAAAUGAUGCUUAUGAGCCUUGUGACUUCAUACUAUCGGUUGACGAAACAGGUUUUUGCAAACAUGGAGGACACCACCUUGGUGAAGACCACAGAAGACCGGAAGAAACUGGUCAGGAUUGAUCCGGAUGUGGAAAGAGUGCGAAGAUGCCAUCAGAAUGAUCUGGAAAACAUAGUUCCCUUUGUGGUGAUCGGUCUUCUGUAUUCACUCACUGGGCCGGAUCUCUCCUCGGCUCUCUUGCACUUCCGGGUGUUUGUGGGGUCACGCUUCAUCCACACAGUGACUUAUGUUAUGGCUCUGCCCCAGCCUAGCAGAGGUCUGUCCUUUGGUGUGGGGUUGCUCGCAACCAUGUCUAUGGCCUAUAGGGUGCUCACCACCGUUUUUUUUCUUUAAUGGAUAACACUCACUUCAUUUAAAAUCAUUUUGUUUUUGCAGUUUUGUGUGAAAGAACACACAAAAUAAUUCUUUUUUACAGAAUGUUUAGUGCGCUUUCUAUUGGUUUUCAGUACCACACCCCCUUUAAUGCGCUUUAUUGUGUAAAUGCUUAUAAUAUGCCUUUAAACUGCUGAUAAUCUUUGAUAAUUGACAAUCUCCUGGCAAACAUUCGAGGAUGAGUCUGAAGCUUUGACAUGGAUUGCACAUUGAACAGACAUUUGUUUUUAUUUUGUUACUUAUUAAUCACGGGUAGCAGACUUUGAUUAACAGCUCUAGAUUCUGUCAGAUAAUUAGGUCUUUGUUAGUUUGUAAAAGCACAGGAAAAUAUUCAAUUAGCAUUUUAAAGAAAGUUUGGCCAACAACUACAACAGCAAAAAAAGCUUAUUGAUGGAUCAAAUAAUAUUAAAAAAAAUGUUUCUGACAAAUGGUUGUGGUUAAUCUUGUAAAGUUGUAAGUGUGCAAGAACCCAGUGCAUGUGUUGUCCACUAGAGGGAGCUAUUUGAAAGCCCAAGUAGUACUAAUGUUUACAUUCAAGUUUGUCUAAUGCACACGGAGUACCUCUUUAUUUGUUUCUAAUUCACCCUUGACAUACAAAACAUUCAUUCCUCUGCACUCUUUGUCUAUUCUGCCUCAACCGAUAAACUGAACUGUUUUAUACUGCUACACAUAGAUGAUGUACAUUAGCAGAUGAUUGUUAAAAAUAGCCCUGCUUAACAUAACGACGAAUGGUUUCUUAUUAUUCCUGCUUCACACAUUACCUUGAUAUGUUUUAAUUGGCUUGUAAACGUUCUAAUUUUAAUCUCAUUCUAAUCGUUGUUACUUAAUUAGUCUAAGAUAGGCUAUUUAAACGUGUCUUUCAGUGUUUUGUCUUAAAGUGUUUCAGUCUUCAUAUGAGAUUUCAACAAAGUUCCAUUAUUGAAGUCAUAAAAUCUAAGUUCACUUUAUUACGAUGGCAUUUAGGUAAAACUAAGGAUCUCAACCAUGAUCUCAACACAGCCAUGACCUAUCAAAUCUUCUAAAAAUUAACUUCGUAAGUAAAGCAAGAACAUCUGAAAUUCUGCGUAAGUGAAUAUAUGCAUUAUAUUUGUU